AUUUCUCUUAACAGAAAAGCAUCACAGUUCAACGCAAAGAGUGAGAAAAAGCUCAAGAAAUCACAGCCAUGUCAGGAAGAGGCAAAGGAGGAAAGGGUCUUGGAAAGGGAGGAGCCAAACGACACCGUAAGGUUCUCAGAGAUAACAUUCAGGGAAUAACAAAGCCUGCUAUUCGUCGUCUCGCAAGACGCGGUGGCGUGAAACGAAUCAGCGGUCUAAUUUAUGAAGAAACUCGCGGUGUUCUCAAGAUCUUUCUUGAGAACGUGAUUCGCGAUGCUGUGACCUACACCGAGCAUGCUCGCCGUAAGACAGUUACUGCGAUGGAUGUUGUUUACGCUCUCAAGAGACAGGGAAGGACUCUCUACGGAUUCGGCGGUUAGAAAAUUGGGGAUGACUUUAUCAAUUAGGGUUUCUUGUAGUUCGAACAUCAAUGUCGAUAAAUAUUGUGUAAUUGUACUCGAUGUUUAGCAUCAAUGUUUGUUUUCACAUUACUUUGAUAUAUUAAUUCACGAUUUGAAAUUUCAA